GGAGGGAACGAGUGGGGCUAAAGUAGACUACUGAUGGGAGAGAAACUUUAGGAUUGAGGAUUGGAGAGGAUACAACACACAGGGACCAGACGGCAACAGAGACCGCAGGAAAUACUGGUGUAAAAAUACACACAGAACUCUAGAAAUAACUUUAGGAGGAACUCUCUAUGAAAGCCGGUUCUUUUCUCUGCGUUUGUUCCAAUUUCAAGCCACGGACCCGUUUUUUUCUUUCUGGAAUUCGAUUAGAAAACUUCAAAAUUGGAAACAGAAGGGCGACUACCACACGGACAGUUUCCUCGGUCAGUCACACCAACCUAAAGAAAUGUGAAUGUGUAGCAUUUUUACACUUUCGAAACUGAAAAGGAGAACAAUAAACCCCGAAAAAAGCAAAGAACACUCUGUCUGUAGUCAGACCAUCGCUUGAAGACUACCUGUACACAACCAGACCGCAAAUUUUCAGUGAUUUUCUUUCUUUUAUUUUUUUUUUGGUAAAAUCGGGAUCAGGAUAAAUUUUCGAGAGGAUGCGGUGAAAGACUAUAAACCCAUUUCACGAAGUACGCAUUCAACAAGUUCCUGAUACGAAAUCAGACACUUUCAGUCUCUCUGGAUCAAUAUCGGAGGGGAUGAUGAAGACUGUGGCAAAGAUUACGCUGUUGUUGUUUACUUUCUUACUCCACGCGCUGAACUUUGUGACAGCAGAAACAUGGUCAGGCCUUCAUUUUGUCCAGAGCCCCACCAACUUGACGUCCUCCCUGGGGAAGCCGGUCAAGCUGCAGUGCCACCUCCAGGGCCAGGGCGGAGACGACAGCCCCCCAGACGUGAUCUGGUUUCAGGGGGAAACCAUGCUGGAGAUGGCCGACACCAACCAGAUCCAGCUCCAGGUGGACCAAGACACCUGGGUCGUCAUGAGCACACUCAGGAUUGAGGCUGUGCAGCUCACAGACAUGGGCGCGUACCACUGUGGAGUUAUGGAUGGAGAGGAACUCACUCGGUCAUAUAAGGGGCACAUUCAGCUGGAAGGCCUGCCGCACUUCUCUGUGGAGCCGCAGCGCAUGUCGGUGGUGGCCAAUAAGACCGUGUCCCUGCUGUGCGUCGCCCACGGGCCCCCCGAGCCCGUCCACAUCAUCUGGCUGCAGGACGGAGCCCCCCUCAACACGCUGGACGACCCCAUGUCCCGAUCCCCCUCCUACCUCAACCUCACCGGUCUGAACAGAACCAGCUCGUUCUCGUGCGAGGCACACAACCGCAAGGGCGUCGCCUCCUCGGGAUCAGGCGCUGUGACAGUCCUGCCAGCCCAGCCACGCGACAUCAGGGCCUCUGAGACGACCAACUCCAGCCUCCAUGUGACCUGGGAGCCAGGAUUCGGCGGAGUCUACCCUGUCACCUUGUGCUCUGUGCAGGCGCGAGUGGCCGGUGCGGAGCCGGACUCUGCCCCCGGGGAGCUGGUCCACAACCAGAACGUGAACGCUCCCCCUGCGGCCAUCACGCUCGCCCAGCUGGACCCCUUCAGCACCUACGAGGUGCGCGUGGCCUGCCACACCAGCCAGGGCGUGUCUGAGUGGACUCCGUGGGCCUCGCUACGCACCGCCGAAGGAGUGCCAUCCGGAUCUCCAGUGAAUGUCACUGCUGGGAUGAACGGCUCUUCUGUGAUUCUGAAGUGGGCGGAGCCUGAGGGUCCCAUCAACGGACACCUGCUGGGUUAUCGGAUGGAGUACAGAACCCCCAACAGCACCUGGGAGCUGCAUGACUCAGGAUUGGACACGGAGCUGUCCGUCAACCUGACUGAGACCCUAUCCAACAUCUCCUUCCGUGUGUGUGCGUACACAGGGGCGGGCCAGGGACCCUGGAGUCCCGUUCAGACGCUGGCUCUCAUCAAACCAGAAGCUGAAGGCCUACAAUCCAGAGACCGGGCACCGCCAGCCUUCUCCUGGCACUGGUGGUACGUCGUCAUGGCAAUAGCGGUUGCUUUGGCGCUGGCUGUGCUGAUGGCCAUCUACGUGGCCCGACUCAGACGAAAGGAGACACGCUUUGGCGAGGCGUUUGAGCCCAUGAUGGAGAGUGGAGAGCUUGUAGUGAGAUACCGCGCUCGACGGACCUAUAGCCGCCGGACCACUGAAGCCACUCUGAACACGCUGGGCAUCAGUGAUGACAAGAAGCUACAGGGCGUGAUGGUGGACAGACAUAAAAGCUGACCCUAGGGGAAAAGCCUUUGGAGAGGAGUGAGUGAGUUUGGCUCGGUCAUGGAGGGGCUGCUAACCCAGGAGGACUCAGUGCUGAAAGUGGCCGUCAAGACCAUGAAAAUUGCUAUCUGCACGCGUACGGAGAUGGAGGACUUCCUGCGUGAAGCGGCCUGCAUGAAGGAGUUCGACCACCAUAAUGUCAUGAGGCUUCUAGGUGUUUGUCUGCAGACGGUCGAGAGUGAGGGUUAUCCCUCACCUGUGGUUAUCCUACCUUAUAUGAAGCAUGGGGAUCUCCACAGCUAUCUGCUCUACUCCAGGCUCGGAGACUGCCCCUGUGAGGCGGCACUGUUUUUCUUCACCACUUAUCUUCCAUCCCAGAUGUUGGUGAAAUUUAUGACAGACAUCGCCAGGGGAAUGGAGUAUUUGAGCAGCAAGAAUUUCAUUCACAGAGACCUGGCUGCUCGCAACUGCAUGUAAGCGCUCUUCAUCAAUGAGAACAUGAAUGUGUGUGUGGCGGACUUCGGCCUGUCUAAGAAGAUAUACAAUGGUGACUACUACAGACAAGGACGCAUCUCCAAAAUGCCCGUCAAAUGGAUCGCCAUAGAGAGCCUGGCAGACCGAGUCUACACCACCAAGAGUGAUGUGUGGAGUGGUCCAUUUGGAGUGACCAUGUGGGAGAUCGCCCUUGCCCAGCGUGCCAGGCCAUACGUACCUGGCGUGGAGAACAGUGAGAUCUACGACUACCUGCGGCAGGGCAACCGCCUCAAGCAGCCCCCAGACUGCCUGGACAACACUGUUUACUCCCUCAUGUUCUCCUGCUGGUUCCUGAGCCCUAAGGACCGGCCCAGUUUUGAGGUUCUGUGCUGUGAGCUGGAGAAGGUUCUGGAGGAGCUGCCUGACCCGCAGGACCCCGACGAGAUCCUCUACGUCAACAUGGAGGAGUCGUCUGGCGAGAUGGGCGCCGUGGGCGGCCGCGACCCCAGCUGCCCGCUGGGCGGCAUCAUGAGUGGCCUGUCGGGCCUGUCCCUGCCCAUGAUGUCACGCCCACGGCAUUUCGGUGGCCACGGGCGGCGCCCGUCGCCAGCCCGCGGCCCCUACAUUGACCGCCACCAGGCUUCGCUGGAAGUCGCUGCAGCUGCCAGCUUCGCGGACCCCUCCUCCGCCACCUGCUCGUCCUCCGCCUCGCCCACCCCCACCUUGCGGCUGCAGCCAUCCGAGCGCUCCAGCCCCGUGCCCCCUCUGGACCUGGACGACGAUGACCACAGCACCGGGCACAUGGGGCCCGCUGCAGUCCGGAGAGUGCCGUGGCAGUGA